AUGAACAAGGCAGAGAUAAGACGUCGAAGAAAUGUCAACGAAAAAUGGGAAUUCGAAACUGAUGACGACCUAGAAUACCUGACGGGACAUUUGACUAGAUCAGGUGGAUUGGGCGCGGUGUACCAGUCCCCGCUAGAAGGAGCACUGGUGACGCUGGCGUGUACUCUGUGUGUCGCGCCCGACGAGCGGAAUCUCCUACGCUGGCUACGAUCACAAUCACUGGAGUCACCGUUCGAGCUCAUGGUCCCAAAAUAUCACAUGGUAGUACAAGACAACGGCGAUUUAACGAUCCACGGGGCGAGACUAGAGGACAGCGGCGUAUACCAGUGCUCUAUAGGAAACAGUGUCGGAGGAAUUGUCAUCCUCGAGGUUAUCGACUCCUCACACGGAUUCAGCGUUGUUAAGCCGUUAACCACCCGCGGCGUCCACCCGACUCCUUCGAUAUACAUACAGAUGGGGAAUAUCCCGUUGCUUGUGUACACCGCGUGGUCACCCUGGAGCGAAUGCAGCGUUUGCGGGAAAGUCGGCAGGAGACGGAGAUACGGCACAUGUCUCCUCAAAAUUAACGAAGUUGUUGAAGCUGAGGAAAUUAAUUCACUCCAUAAGAAAGAUGUCUUAUCAGAAAAGUCAAUGCAGCUGCUUGAAGCAUUUCCAGAUGGAAUACCGUGCCAAUCUCGACAUCUGCCACAGACUCUCCGAAAUAUAGCAAACAUCAGUCAGCGUCGUAACGAAAUCAUGUUAGGUUUGUGUAAAGUUAAAUGUACGCCGUCGACCAUAUUCGAAGUCCGUUCAACUAGAGGCGUGUUGUUAGAGAGAGCAAACAAUAAUGAUGGGGUAUACUCUCUCUGGCAAGGUGUGCCGAUGCCGGCUCCCAAAUUUCGCGCUGAAAUCGUGUUCGCAGUACGAGACGAACCGCUCAACAUUACGUGUCCAGGGUUAUCCCUGAGAGAUAUACCAGUGUGUUGGCGGGUGGGGACCAAGACGUUUAAUCCUCGUACAGUGGAUCGUGAAACCGGGGGACGAGUACACCUCAAUGCGAGAGAUCAGCUUGUAUUCUCCACUGUCAAUUGUUGGCAACGCGACGUGUUAUUGGGCACAGUGAAGCUAAUAACGUGGGAAGGUACGCAGCUGAGAUGGAACCACCAUGUGCUUUUGGUGGUAUUAUUAUCGGUCGCCGUGAUCACGCUGCGUAUUCUCGAUAAAAUAACACGCGACAAAAGACGCUCGCUGGGAAUGAUGUAA